AUGGCACUCAAUAUGGACGGCAACCAAAGCCAUGCUCAUGCUGCCUCCCAACUGGAUGCAGGGGCUCUCUUCGUUCUCAAGUCCAAAGGGCCAGGAUGGGGCCGUUUCUACAUUGCUUCACUUCAAUUCUCAGUCUGCUUCGGGGCAGUCAUUGGCACAACACUACUUGGAGGACAGAGCAUGAAGUCUCUGUACCUGGUGGAAAAGCCAGGAGGCACGAUGAAACUAUAUGAAUUUGUGAUCAUCUUUGGAGUUUUGAUGCUGGUCCUGGCUCAAGUCCCUUCGUUCCACAGCUUGAGGCACAUCAACCUCGUCUCUUUACUUCUUUGCUUGGCCUACGGUGCCUGUGCCACUGCAGGCUCCAUCCAUGCAGGGAACUCCUCUGACGUGCCGCCGAGAGACUACUCGCUUCCCAGCAAAGAUGUAGACCGCGUGUUCAGAGCAUUCGACGCCAUUUCCAUCAUGGCCACCACCUACGGCAACGGCAUCAUUCCAGAGAUACAAUCCGCCACUGCAGAGAUACAACCAACAGCUGCUCCUCUUGUUACGGGGAAGAUGUUCAAUGGCCUCUGUCUCUGCUAUGCCAUCAUGAUCUCAACAUUCUUCAGCGUCGCGAUAUCCCAGAGCGUCAUCCUCUCCAACUUUGUCCAGCAGGAUGGUUCCACCCUGGUUCCUAGGUGA